AUGCCAAAACGCAAGAACAAACUCAACCGAGCCGAUCGCUUAAGGCGGGAUACUGCGCAUAUCGAACCACAUAAGGGCUUGAAGAUUGUAGAAGGAUCGUUCCUCGUCAUAACCAUCAGCAACGAUUGGAAAGUGCAGAACCAACGCAGAGGUAGUAAUUACCUUUUAGCACGACUCCCUGGAUAUCUAAAACAUACCAGGAGGAUCCGCAUCGAGAUGUUAUGCCGGGAUCCGAAUGAUAGACGAACCCGCGAAGAUGCCACUCGAAAAAGCAAAAUGUUGACCAGUAUAAGGAAACUAUUGAAUAAAUCCAACAAGAUCGAUAGGUUAGAGGUAAUUUUUCACAUGAAGAAGGAGGAUAAAUUCGACCCAUACAUUCCUCAGCUCCAGGCUGUUGUCCCUCUCUACAACCUCAAAUUUACGGAAUGGACGCUCCACUGCCAUUGGAAAAAGGGACUAAAGAUCAUCGAAGUGAAGCGCAAUUCCGAACUGGAAAGAAAGAUUACCACUCAUCCAUGGUUCCGUUUUGAAGACGGAAGGCUGUUAUCCAUCAAAAUUGACCACACCAAGAAGUACAGACUACGCAAGGAAAUCAAGUACGUGGAUGAGCGCGAGAAAUUGCAGGAAUCGUUCUUCAACAUUCUCCCUCUUUUCUUGAGCCAAGCAGACGAAAUACGUAUUAAAGUUACGCCAUUGAAGCGCAAAUACUUGUUGGUACGCAUGCUCAACGAUCGCAAGAUGAUGAUUGACAAAAUGAUUUUACUCAUCAAUAGAUAUCGGAACGUCAAGACAGUCGAGGUCAUCUUUCGGGUUGAUGAACGUGAAUCCGACUACUUAGAUUUUGCAAUUUCUUUCCUUAAUUUAAAGCCGGCUUGGGAACUUUUUGUCGAUCUUGAUGAGGGGGAAGAAGAAGAGAUCACGAUGGGCUCGCUCGUUGCGCGCAGAAUUCUGCAACUUCGUACACGCUCUAGUUCCGGCACUUCUCUAGGGGUUGACCGGCUCACAAAUCUUUGCGGUGAUAUGAUCAUGGCUGUCAUGCGCCAGCUAUCCCCCACCUCUGCUAGUUCUCUACGUGCUUGCAAUAGAUUACUGGAGAGCAUAAUUGAUCCACCAAGGCUUUGA